AUGCGUGAAGGAGAUACUAAAGAGUUUGAAGACGGCAUGCCACGGGACAUGCCAAAGCGACUCUCGCCUAAGCGCAUUGUGGACCAUGAGAUUGAGUUGGUGCUGGGUGCGAAGCCGCCUGCCUGGGCGCCUUACAGAAUGUCACAACCCGAACUCGUCGAGCUUCGGAGACAACUAGGUGGUGUUGCAAUGUUCACCAAAAUAGACCUGAAGACAAGUUACAAACAAGUUCGGAUUGUUGAGGGAGACGAACACAAGAUGACCUGUGUGACAAUAUAUGGCUCGUACGACUUCUUGGUCAUGACAUUUGGCUUGACUAAUUCUCCAGCCACAUUUUGCACCCUUAUGAACCAAGUCUUUCAAGAGUACAUUGACAAAUUCAUAGUGGUCUACUUGGACGACAUUAUGGUAUAUAGCAAAACAUUGGAGGAACAACUAGAGAACCUACGGAAGGUCCUAGACCGAGUGCGGGAUCAUGAAUUAUAUGUGAAGCUAUCCAAGUGCUCCUUCACCCAGAAACAGAUUGACUUCCUCGGACAUGUCAUCGAGGAAGGUCGAAUCAAGAUGGACCAACUGAAGAUUUAG